AUGCCAGUCAAGCAAAUCUCUACCCCCCUAGGGCACUCUCUCCCUCCUGAAGCCCCCCACAACAUCACCUUUCACAUCCCCGGCUGGGAGACUGCGCGCGCCCUGCGCCGCCGCGAGCCCGAGCUCAUGGACCAGCUCGAGUCCAUCUACCCGCGUUUCGGGCCCUGGCGCGAGGUCAAGGAUUUGUCGGCCGUGCUGCACGCCUGGCUGAAGUUGCCUGACGACUACGAGGAGAUGUUGUUUGUGCAUCCAGACGUGUUCCAGACUGCUAAGCGAUAUGCGGGGAGUCCGAGGAGGAAGGAGGAGUUUCGGGUAAGGGAGGAGGAGCUGCUUUUUAAGGUUGUUGACAUCCCGCUAUCUGCGCUCGACAGCAAUGGGGUUGGGUUGGAUGGCGAGACGACGGGCGAGACGGUCAGGAUCUACCUCAUUUCAUACCCUUCUCCCCGAUACCCUGGCGCAUUGGGAGUGUGGCAGAAUACUGGCACCGGCGUGAGCAGUCGGCUCGCGGCCGCUUUGCUGCCUGCCGCGAAGGCGGGCAACGUCAACCUGAUCUGGUCAGGGGAUGCGCGGGACGAGGUCCGCUACGAUUACGCCAACCCUUCCUCCUCAUCCGUCCCCAUCCCCGCCCCCCACAAGGGCCAACAGAUCCUCGGCUUGGCCCUCACAGAAUCCCAUACCAGCCUGCGCGCCCGGAUAGCCUCUCUCGCGCAAGGCAAGAGAGCCCAACCAACCCCCGACGACGUGUUCCUCUACCCUACCGGAAUGGGCGCCGUCUGGCGGUUACACCAAUCCCUCUCCUCGGUUCGGCAAGGUGGCAGCGUGGUCGUCCUGGGCUCAGUCUUCCACAGCAGCUACCACCUGUUCGGCGAUGAAGCGUCGGGAGGCGGGAUGAAGCACAUUGGGGCCGUGGACAGCGAAGGGAGUGGGUUGGAGGAGCUGGAGGCGUAUCUGGAGGGGGAGAGGCUGGCGGGGAGGAGGGUCGGAUACAUCUUUGCUGAGUUCCCGAGUAAUCCGAUCUUGGUGAGCUUGGACCUGGAACGGGUGAGGGGCAUCGCGGAUAGGUAUGACGUGCCGGUUGUGAUCGAUGAUACGAUUGGGAGCUUUUGCAAUGUGGAUGUGCUGGGGCUGGCGGAUGUUGUGGUGACGAGCGUGACGAAGAGCGUGAGCGGGUAUGCAAAUGUUAUGGGCGGCGCGGUGACACUGGCCUCCUGCUCCAAGUACUACUCCGCGAUCAAGGAGACUCUCAGCGCGCGCUUCUUGAACGAAUAUUUCGCUGCCGACGCGGCCAAGCUUCUCUCCAACUCGCAGGAUUACUUUCCGCGCUCUGCCAUCCUCAACCGCAACGCUCUCACCCUUGCAACCUACCUCCAUUCCAAGAUCACCCCGACCUCCCCCCUCAAAGCAAUCCACUACCCCCCCUUCACCAACACGGCCUCCAACUUCCGCCACGUCAUGCGCCCCUCCCCCUCUUCCCCUUCCGUAACCCCAACUUCCCAAAACGAAUUCACCCCCGGCUACGGCUGCCUCCUAGCCCUCGAAUUCCGUACCCUGUCCCAAGCCCGACAAUUCUACGACCACCUAUCCGUCUACCACGGUCCUCAUCUUGGUGCACACCUGACGCUCGCCUUCCCAUUCAACGACGCCAUCUGGGGUGCUGAUCCCGAGGCAGCAAGGUAUGUCGCCUCGUUUGGGGCUAGGCCAGAGCAAGUAAGGGUUAGCGUGGGGUUGGAGGAUGAACAGGAGUUGAUUGAUACUUUUGAGGAGGCUUUGAGGUGGGCGGAGGGGGUUGAGGUUAGUGAGGCGAAUGGGAUGAAUGGCGUGAGGGAGAGUCUGACUUGA